AUGUUCACCUCAAAUUCACUUUCCAAUCAGUUCUCUUGUUCUAGAGUUGUUUUCAUCAUUGUUAUUCUAAUAAUACUCAUAUCCUCCUCUUCUUUUAACUCUACUGCUUCUUUUGCAUCUUCUACUAUUAAUAGUACUAAACUUAGUAAAGAAAGUCUAAAUGAACUACAGGCACUGCUCAACUGGAAAGCUAGCCUCCAAAACCAAAGCCAAUCUCGCCUCUCAUCAUGGGCUGGAACCAACCACUGCAGCUGGAUAGGAAUUUCUUGCAAUAAGGCUAGCCAUGUGAAAGGUAUUAAACUUACAGGCUAUGGUUUGAGAGGCACACUUUCAAGUCUAAGCUUUUGUUCGUUUUCCCAACUUAUUAGCAUUAACUUGACAAACAAUUCAAUCUAUGGAAUCAUUCCUCCCCAUAUUGGUAAUAGUUCAAGACUCACCUAUCUCAGCCUCCACCAAAAUCUUCUUUCAGGUACAAUUCCACAAGAAAUAGGGAAGCUAAAAUAUCUCAUUGUUCUUGAACUUUCACAGAACAAUUUCUUAGGUCAUGUUCCCACUUCUUUAGGAGAAUUAGGCAACCUCAAAACUCUUUACCUUUGGGGUAAUGAACUCUUUGGAUCUAUUCCACAAGAAAUUGGAAUGCUAAAGUUUCUCACUGAUCUUGAACUUUCAAACAACAGUCUCACAGGUCCCAUUCCAACUUCUUUAGCUAAAUUGCACAACCUUGAAACUCUUUUCCUUCAUUUUAAUCAACUCUGUGGAUCUAUUCCACAAGAAAUUGGAAUGUUAAAGUCUCUCAUUGAUCUUGAUCUUACAAACAACAAUCUCACAGGUUCCAUUCCCACUUCUUUUGCUAAAUUGGGUAACCUUGAAACUCUUUACCUUCGAGGUAAUCAACUCUCUGGAUCUAUUCCAAAAGAAAUUGGAAUGCUAAAGUCUCUCAUUAAUCUUGGACUUGGAAACAAUAGUCUCACAGGUCUCAUUCCAACUUCUUUAGCUAAAUUGGGCAACCUCAAAACUCUUUACCUUUGGGGUAAUGAACUCUCUGGAUCUAUUCCAGAAGAAAUUGGAAUGCUAAAGUCUCUCAUUGAUCUUGAACUAUCAGAUAACAAUCUCACAAGUCUCAUUCCAACUUCUUUAGCUGAAUUGGGCAACCUCAAAACUCUUUACCUUUGGGGUAAUGAACUCUCUGGAUCUAUUCCAGAAGAAAUUGGAAUGCUAAAGUCUCUCAUUGAUCUUGAACUGUCAGAUAACAAUCUCACAGGUCCCAUUCCAAUUUCUUUAGCUGAAUUGGGCAACCUCAAAACUCUUUACCUUUGGGGUAAUGAACUCUCUGGAUCUAUUCCACAAGAAAUUGGAAUGCUAAAAUUUCUCACUGAUCUUGAACUUUCAAACAACAGUCUCACAGGUCCCAUUCCAACUUCUUUAGCUAAAUUGCACAACCUUGAAACUCUUUUCCUUCAUUUUAAUCAACUCUGUGGAUCUAUUCCACAAGAAAUUGGAAUGCUAAAGUCUCUCAUUGAUCUUGAUCUUACAAACAACAAUCUCACAGGUUCCAUUCCCACUUCUUUCGCUGAAUUGGGCAACCUUGAAACUCUUUACCUUCGGGGUAAUCAACUCUCUGGAUCUAUUCCAAAAGAAAUUGGAAUGCUAAAGUCUCUCAUUAAUCUUGGACUUGGAAACAAUAGUCUCACAGGUCCCAUUCCAACUUCUUUAGCUAAAUUGGGCAACCUCAAAACUCUUUACCUUUGGGGUAAUGAACUCUUUGGAUCUAUUCCAGAAGAAAUUGGAAUGCUGAAGUCUCUCAUUGAUCUUGAACUUUCAGAUAACAAUCUCACAGGUUCCAUUCCAACUUCUUUAGCUAAAUUGCGCAACCUUGAAACUCUUUACCUUGAUGGUAAUCAACUCUCUGGAUCUAUUCCAGAAGAAAUCGGAAUGCUAAAGUCUCUUAUUAAUCUUUCUCUUUCAGACAAUUGUCUCACAGGCCCCAUUCCAAUUUCUUUGUUGGAAUUGGGGAACCUCAAAUUUCUUUCUCUUAAUUCUAAUAAACUCUCUGGAUCUAUUUCAUAA